AUGUUACUGAGCUUGCACCAAGACUGGCAGGAGAAACUAAGAGACGAAGUUUCCGAAGAAUGCGGUAAAGACAAGACACCAGAUUCAGACACUUUCUCCAAACUCAAACUGAUGAACAUGGUGUUCUUGGAGUCACUUCGCCUGUACAGUCCAGUAUCAUUUUUCUCCAGAGACGCAACAAAAGAUCUGACGCUAGGGCACCUGAAGAUCCCCAAGGGCACAACAAUAGUCUUCCCUCUUAUGAAGAUGCAUAGCGACAAGGCCAUUUGGGGAUCAGACGCAGACAAGUUCAACCCCCUGCGAUUUGAAAACGGCGUUUCCCGUGCCGCUAAACACCCAAACGCUCUCCUCGCCUUCUCAAUGGGACCAAGAGUUUGCAUCGGCCAAAACUUUGCAAUGAUGGAAGCCAAGAUCGUGCUCACCAUGAUCCUCCAGAGGUUCAGGCUUAGCCUCUCCAGCGAGUAUAAGCACUCUCCGGUUGAUCACCUCACUUUAACUCCUCAGUACGGCUUACCAGUAAUGCUUCAGCCUCUCUAA